CCACUUCCCUCAUUUUCGACCCGCCUCUUCCCAACAACCGCCACUCCUUACCUCCAUUCACCACCGACCGCAAACCCUAUCCUCCACCACUGCUCUGCCACGUCAACCCUUCGAAACACGGCCAUUCCAACUUCCACUACUCACCACAGGGUACAACUGUGGUGGCUAACAUGUUUUGGUGAUAUUUGGUGGAGAUGGUUUUCUAGACUUAUCUCCUUUUACUUGCUCUCUCUCAAUCUCGUUGCUGCACCUUCUGCCUAUCCAGCUUCCUCUACUUCUUAUGCCUGCGAGCACAUUGAUGCUUAUUAUUCCCCUGUCAUGCAUUUAAGAGGUGAAUCACUCAAGAAGAAAUUGAACAGCAUCGUUGCCCCUCACCAUUCCUUGUCCUAUCAAGAGGUGUGGGAUGCCCUCAAGAUUCUUGAUGCUGCUGAUAUUGAUAAUCCAGAAGCUUCGUCGGGGAUAGUGGAAAUAUACUCAUUGAGAGUUGUCUCAAAACGAUUGUCAGGAAAACCGCAGGGAUGGAAUAGGGAGCAUCUAUGGCCUCGUUCUUAUGGGUUGAUGGCAGGUCCUGCUUUGACUGAUUUACACAAUAUUCGCCCUUCUGAUGUCAAUGUCAAUUCAUCAAGGGGAAAUAAGUAUUAUGGUGAAUGCAUGACUAGCUCAAACAAAUGUUUGAGUCCAGCAAACAAAGAAGCUGCAUUGGACACUGAAACAGACAAGCAGAGGUGGGCACCGCCUGCAAGGGUUAGAGGGGAUAUCGCAAGGGCUUUAAUGUACAUGGCAGUCGCUUAUGGGUUUCAGCAACCGGGGGGAAAUCCAGGUCUUCGCCUCUCAGAUACUCCAAAUAUUGAGAACAGGGAGAUGGGGUUGCUUUCCACAUUAUUGAAGUGGAACGAAGUGGAUCCCCCUUCGAGGGAAGAGAAGUUGAGAAAUGAAAGAAUAUGCAAAAUGUAUCAGCAUAAUCGGAAUCCCUUUGUAGAUCAUCCUGAGUAUGCUAAUCUUAUAUGGAAAUGGAAGCCAGUUGUUUCAAGACCUAUUCCAUUCAGUGAUAAUGAUAAUAAUGCUAUCUCAUCAAAGACGAGUUACCUAGUGUCUCCAUCAACAAACUUAUGCCUUACGCAUCAUAGUGUUUCCUCCUUUUCAUUCUCAUUUUUUGUUUCGUAAAAAUAAAAUGU